GUCUUGUUCACGGAGUCUUUUUCACAGCUUUGAUGAUUGAAACCUGAUAUUGAACAUUUCGCGAUGGAUCCGCUGUCUAUCGCGAGCUCGGUGGUCGGAUUGACUGCGACAUGUCUCUCAACAUGCAAGAAGCUCCACGAUCUCGCAGGAGAAUAUCAAGACGUCCCAGCAGUCAUCGCCAUGAUAUGCUCCGAGUCAACUAUAAUAAGUAUCGGUUUAUCAGAACUGCAAAUGAAGAUCCUUCGAAGAGAUGACCUUGCACAAGCAUGGGCAUCGAAAACAGAAAUCUGGACGGCUUUUGAAACAGCGUUAACUGGAUGCAUGGUUGUGUUCAGCUGCCUCGAGGCAGAAACACGAAGUCUUCGAUCUAAGAACCCAGGAGUCUGGGCUAAGAUCAAGUUUAUCUGGAACCAAGACCGCCUGAAGGAGCUGCUAGGUGCGCUCAGAGGGCAGCAGUCAUCUAUUACCUUUCUUUUGAAUCUUCUUGAACUUGAGACUUUAUCCAACAUCCAGAAGGACAUUCGGCAGAAUACAGCGAGGAUAAAAGCGGCUGCCUCCGAAGCCCAGUCCCUGCGAUCCUGCAACCCGAGCGUCAAGAUGGACUCUGAGUCAAUUUUCGAUAACGAUGCUGCCAACCUCAGUUUCUUUCACCUCGAGGCCUUUUCCGGUAAUGCACCUUCUGAGCUCGAUUUUGAGUUCGACCAUCUCGUUAUCAACAGCCAGGCAUACAGACGGGUCUUCAUUAAAGCUCAAGCUGAGAUGAAGCAACUAGAAAUCGAAGACGUGGACUCUGAUACGGGGACGGUCAGAGAGGUGGAUACAAGUCCAGCGCAGUCUCAAAAGAAAUCUGCUUCUUUGGUGAGAGUCUCCCGAGAGAAGCCAAUUUCAUUCGCCAAAGAUUUAGUGCGACCGUCAUUCCGAACCGAAAAGGUUGGCAGCUGGUCGGACGUCCAAAUAUUCCGGCCUUAUGCGCUUGUCAGCACAUCUACUUGCUAUGGCUGUCACAAGACUAUCACUGGCCAUGAAGUGAGAGUAUUAGGCGAAACGUGGCAUGUCGGAUGUUUCACCUGCUCUGACUGCGGUGUUUCUCUCCAAAAUGGCUAUCGCCUAUCGAAAGAGGAAAAUGGCAUUCAAUCAGAGCCACUAUGCGAGGAAGACUAUAUUCGACGACGGGAUAUACAGUGCCACAAAUGCCAGGAGACCAUUUUAGGUGACUUUGUAGCAGUACUUGAUCGUCGAUACCACGCACACCACUUCACGUGUGAUCGAUGCGAGAUAGUCUUCACUGAGGACAGUGAUUAUCAUCUAAUCGACAGUAGAAUCUAUUGCAUGUUACACUUUUGUCGAGAGGCUGCAUACUAUUGCCAUGCCUGCAAGUUUCCAAUCAUGGGAAACUACCGCGAAAAGGACGGCCAAGAAAGUAAAUGGCACACCUUUUGUUUGGAGCUUUCAUCGUGGAGAUUGGAGCUCCCUGUAUCGUCCAACGGCCGCCGAUAUCUUGACUCCAUUCACGAUCAAUCCCUAAGAAGACUUACUAGAUUCUACCAGGAAUUACACGAUACUCGCGCUAAUGGGAUCUAUCUUUGCGGAUCGCGCUACAUUAAGGACUUUCGGGAUUCACUUACAAUUUCUUUACGUAUGAGGGGAGUAGCGCCUAGUGCAGAGAGCUAUGAACACUUCAAAGGCAUACUCGCCAGGCUUUUCUGUCUCUUCAAAGCCGCCGCGAAAGGCACCACCGAUCGUUCUGGCGAAGCCGAAGUGAGAGUCUUUAUGUCCGGAUUCCAAAAACACUUCAACCGCUAUACAGAAGGCUUGCAGGCAUCCCCUCAGUUCAUCGCACAUUGCAUAUCAGAACUGAUUAAACCCCUACUGGGAGUAUCUUUUGCGGUAUGCUUACAGAACAAUGAUGACUCAUGGGACGUUAAACAAUACCAGCUUGACGAGCUCAUCAAGACCCUUGGGGCAUCAAGUUCUUGCGAAUUAGCAGAUCGCUACAACCAUGAACCCACUGGCGCUUCCGAACAAAACUGGAAAUGCGCGGUGUGCUUUGAGGAUGUCACGGGGAAUGUACUUUCUGAGUGGUCGUAUCCAUACCGGAAACUGCAUCCGCUUUGUCGCUCCCUGGCCUGUCAUCAUGAGACAUCGGACGGUGGUGAAAUGGGUGAUAUAUCAACAUGUAUCCAUUGCAGAUGGAAAACGGGUGACUUUGAUUUUGUUCAUUAUCAUGAGAUUGCCCUUUACGAGAUAUGGCAGAGUUGGCGCGUAUCUGCAAAUCUGGGAGCUUAA